ACACCAGUUAGAAUAAACUUUGUAUGCUUCCAAAAAAUUGGGUAUGCCUUGAGACAGCCUUCAACCGGAAGGGAUGGAGGGGUAAGGUUUCGUUCUCUCUCUAGAAUCCAAAUCUCCCAAUCCACACAGAAGUCUUUUUACUAUUAAAUGGCGGGAGUCUAAUUAAACCAGAUCCAAUUUCUCUCUCUAGAAUCCCUCCGCCUUUUCUUUUUUGACCUUUCCCAUCUCUCUCUGUAGUCUCUAGAAGAAAAAAGAUUCAUCCUUUUUCUGGAAAUUAGACAAGUAGACCUAUCAAUGUCUAUUUAUUUAUAAGCUGGUUGCUCAAAAAGGAAAGAGAGAGUUAGGGUUUUAGCAGCUUUUGAUACGAUGGAGGGUAAUGUUUCGAACCAUGUAGGGGUUCGAAACAACACUAAUGAGGAAGUGAAUAGAAUGAAGUUUGGGCAGUCUGAUGAGAGAACCGUAUAUGAGGUUCAGCAUGGAACUCAGCCAAAUCAUGGGGAUUACUGUUCUAUUACGAUAGAUGAUGGGGGAGGACUUGACAAUGAGAUGUUACAACAAAGAAUUCAUAGUGUGUAUAGACAAAGAGAGGAUCUGCAUAAUAUGGAGGUUGAGCUUCGAGCUCAGAUAAUGGCUAGAUCUGCUAUUGUUGAAAUGAAAAACAGCUUUGAUGUUCAGAUGAAGGAACACGUGAAUGCAUAUGCGGAACUAAAGGAGCAGCUGGAAGAAAGGGAAAGCAUCAUACACGAGAUGGAAUUACAAAUGGAAGAGAAAGAUAGAGAGCUUCGUGCUAUCACUAUAGAUAAUGAAGCGGCAUGGGCGAAGGAGGAUCUUCUUAGAAAGCAAAACAAAGAGUUGGCUAGCUUCCGAAGAGAACUUGACAACUCAGAAGCUGAAAGAGCCCAAAAUCUGAAACAAAUUCACGAUCUUAAAGAAUAUAGUCAAGAGAAAGAAAGGCAGAUUCGUGAAAUGGAAGAACAGCAUCGGGUAGCACAAGAAGCCAUUGCCUACAAAGAUGAACAGCUGAGAGAUGCCCAAACAUGGAUUCAACGUGCACAAGAAAUGGAUGCUUUACAAUCAACAGCCAACCACUCGCUACAAGCUGAGUUAAGAGAAAGGACAGACGAGUUCAACCAGUUUUGGGUUGGCUGUCAAAGACAGUUUGCGGAUGUUGAGAUGCAUCAUUUGCAAACCAUUCGACAACUUAAGUUGGAGCUGACCGAGGCAAGAGAAAGGAGUGGUACAUCCGUCAGUGAAUCACGUGUAGGUCAUGCACAAUCUAAAGAUGCAUCUGUGCAGGGAGAGGAUAAGGGAAACCAAUUUAAUGUGAAUGCUGCUGGUGUAAGUGGUAACUCCGAAGUCUUGAUGAAUGGUGAAACAAACAAUGCAUUGAGUAAGACUGAACGACCUGGGGUAUCAGUUAUUUUACCCUCCCUUGUCGAAAUGGGUGCAUACCUUCCAAAUGGGCAUGUUACUGCAGUCCAUCCUUCUGUCAUGCAUCAACAAGGUAUUCCACAACCUCAAUUGGAACAUUGUCAACCAAUCCCUAGUAUUGUAUCUCACCAACAUUGGCAGAAUCAUCAGGUUGUAUCUGAGAGUUCACAUGUUCCAAAUCAGAACCCAUAUCAACCAGCUGGGAAGAAUAUAAGGCCGAGCGUUCAGUAUGACACUAAUUUUUUGUCAAAUGGACUAGUGCUAUAUCCUGAACGUUUAGAGGCUCAAAUCAGUUCUAGUAAAGAGCCUAAUACUCUAAAAUCCAGUGAAGCAGCACAGCCUGCGGAACAAUUUUUAGAAGAAGAAUCUUCUGAGAAUCAAGAUGCAUUAGCUUUAGAGACUUUUAAACAGAUCACUGGGACAAAGGAGAAAACCGAUACCGUGAGCAGUGAUUCGCAUGAAGGCUGCACUCUGCCGGUGGAACAACCACGACUCUUACAUCCAGAUCCAAAUCUCUUAGAUGAAAGAUCAUUGUUGGUUUGCCUUGUCCGUGCAAUUCCAGCUGGAUCUGGUGGUCGAAUUAAGAUUAGUUCUACUCUGUCUAAUAGACUUGGAAAAAUGCUGGUGCCUUUCCAUUGGCAUGAUUAUAAGAAAAUAUACGGAAGGCUUGAUGAUUUCUUGCGUGGUCAUCCUGAAUUAUUUGUAGUUGAAGGGGACUUUAUUCACCUCCGCGAAGGAGCUCAAGAAAUCAUAUCAGCUACUACAGCACUCGCGAAAGUGGCAGCUGCAGCUGCAGUAGCUUCUCCAUCUUACUCCUCAUCCUUCACUUCUAUUGCUGUGACCCCAAUGGCACAAAAUCUCAGACUAAAGAAGCCUUCACAACCUUCAGUAGUUAAGGAUCGAAAGUCUAAUGAUAAUUGCUCUAACAUGGUUCACGGCCUUGUGAAUGUGCAAAUUUCGGGUAAACAGAAAGACCAUCUGGAAAUAAAUGGAGUACAAUCUGAUGUGCGUGGGGUUGGAGUUCAUGAUCGAACAAGGUUGGCCACUUCUGAAAACAAGGGAGACAUUACUGGGAGACAUCAGGCAAAUUUCGGCGGGAAACUUCAGGGAAGGGUCUCGGUAAAUAUGCCAUCAUCUAGAAGAUAGAUUCCUGUCCAAUGGUGACAAACUGGUUGGCUGCUUGCUUUGGGAGAAACAUAAUCAGUGUAAAAUUUCCUUGCUCGACUAUGGUUUCAGCUGGGUUUGUUUCUCUACCAACAAUGUCGUGUUUUUGCUCACAAUAUGGCACUCAGGGUUUUAUCUUCCAAGUGAAAAGCAGUAACAACUAAUGCACAAAGUUGCAAUGUUGCAUUAUUAAUGGUCCUAUGUUGUGCCUUUUUAUGUCUUUAAAAUUAUAAAAAUAGUAAUUUAUACCACUUGCUCAAGGAAAGGAAUAUAGCUAUAUACUGAAAAUGAGUCUUCCCCCCCAGUUUACUGCUCCCUUGGACUGUUUUUCUUUCAUAUUGUGAAUCAUGUAAUGCAUGAACAUGAGAGGUUAUAUCAAUACAUGAGAACUCAGUCUCCGGAUGACAGGAUGCUUGCUCAUUCCCGAGAGUCUGGAGGAUUUUUGUUUUCUGUUCA